UUCACAUUCACCUGCUGUACUCGUGAGUUUAGUGCGUUAUCUACUCCGUGUGGACAACACCACAGAUCCACAACAUGACGGAAUGUAUAAAAAACUGUUGCAAACAGUUUAUGGCCAAGAAGAAAGAAUCAGAGAAUCAAAUAAUAAAGGUUCUGCCUCCACAUACAUUAACACUUGAGUCUAAUGUGAAGAAAAGUGUUGGAGUGUCAGAGGAUUAUCUCUUGUCCAAACUACCACCAGACGGCCGGGAGAUUCCCUUCGUCCUUCCAACCUUCAAGCCCUCCUACAUUCAGCCGAGAGGGGCACAGUACCCUGGCUACAAUAUUGGGCAACAGAGUUCCACAAGGACCACUUAUGCAGAAAGGAAGGCGGAGCUUGCAGGAGCCAGUCAAAUUGUGUAUGACCCUGAAAUUACCUUAAACACCAGUCAGAUGAUAAACUACAUGUCACCCGGUUCCCUGAGACGCCCCACUUUGAAAACUGGGGUUGGCAAUACCCAUGGCACAGGAUGGGACAAUAAUGGUAAACAGAGACUCAGUCACUCCAUGUUCGAUUUGUCAAACCCUCAGGGCCAUGUACAGCGGUAUGAUUCUGUAUCCAGUAUCCAGAGCAGCACAUGCUCCAUUCAGGAUUCCUUUGGGAGCAGCCGUAGUCUAGAGUCAAUUAUACUGUCUGGAGAUGAGCGGGAUCAUGAACUAGGAAAAGUAUGUGUGCACAUGAGGUACGAAGAGGCGGUGGAGCAGGUGUGGAUCACCUUGGUAAAGUGUACAGGCUUGAAUGUGGACACUGAAGGGUCAGAGCCUCCAAGGAUUGGGGUCAAAGGGGUCAUCAGCAUGACGAAACAAGUGAGAUUCAAGAGCACAGUCAAAGAAGCAUCAGCGGACACUCUCUUCAUGGAGACAUUUGUCUUCACUCUUAACCUAGAGCAAUUACGCAGUUCUGCGCUGGUGCUGCGUCUGCAGGCUCACGCGCCACGCAAGCGCACGCUCGGAGAGUGCGCGUUAUCUCUUCGGACCCUCGGACCACAAGAAACACAACACUGGCUGGAUUUCAGGGCCCACUCUAAAACACGUGUGUGUCAUGCUGAGCUUCAGCUGGCUUUGUGCUUUCAGCCGGUGAGCAGCAGAAUGCAACUCCAUAUUCUCAGUGCUCAAAACCUUCCAACAUCCUCCUCACCACUCUCACAGAGUUUCUUUGUAAAGGUGGACAUGCUUAGUGAUGGCAGGUUCUUGCUGAAGAGGAAGACAAAGGUGAUGAAGUCAUCAGGGGGGCGUGUUCAGUGGGAGGAGGUGCUUCUUUUGCCCAUCACCAAUCAGGACAAGAACCUUCAACUGGCGGUCAAACUCUACAGAAGCGGCUCUGUUCGGAGAAAGCAUCUACUUGGACAGGUCCUCUUGGGUUUUGACUACAGUUCUCUAGAGGCAUCGGAACAGUGGCAAGAUUCCAUGACUAAUCCAGAAAAAGUGGUGACCUCAUGGCACAGAGUCAGUCGACCCUGAACGAGAGAAGAAAUGAACAAGAGAGAUAUAGUGGUAAACUGGGCUGGUAUGCUCACGCGCACAUUUAUACGAUUAUCAACUUCCAAAGAAAAUCAAUUUGUAUCUUUGAUCUUUGAUGAAUUUUCAGUGAAGAUAUGUUUUUUUAACUACCCAACUAUUUUUCUUAUCAACUUUUCCUGAACACUCAAAACAAAGGAAACACUGUAAAGGAUAAUUCAUUGUGAUCACUGGCAAAUCUAUUUCAGUUUUAGUUUUGGUUUAUUUAAAAACAUUAUAUAUUUGCUAAACAAAAACUGAAUAAUUUAACUAACAUAUCAUAUGUAAAGAACCUUGGAUUAGUUAAGAAGUCUUUUUUGUUUACUUUGCUUAUAUUAUCCUUGAGCACCAGGUGAACCAGGGCUUUUUUAUGUGUGCUGUAAUUUGUAGAUAGAUGUAGAAAGUUGUAGAUAGCAACAAAGUUAACAUUUAUAUGUUUCUUACUGAUGUAUAAAAAUAAAAAAACAUGACAUACUGUGUAUAUAAGAGCAGGACACAUAAUACAAAGUUAGCUGCGAUAAGACACAAAAGAUUUAACAGAGCUGUGCUAAUGUCCAGACAUUAGCACAGAUAUUUAGUUAAAGAAGUUAAAUUAGACAGUCAGCUAAUAGUUUUUCAGAAUUCAUAUAUAAAGUUUUAGAAUUGUUCUCCAUGCAUCCCCAUAUAACACCAGUACUUUUGAGUUUAUACAUUGAAACGACAUCUCUGCAGUGAUUUGGUGAUGAUGAAUGAUUGUUUGUAAAUCCGGUUAAAUAACUGUAAAAGAGUCUGAUGCUUUCUCCCCUGGGGCUGAAUACUAUUUGAAAAAGCUUUUAUUUUUAGAAGUUUAGGAGGACUUGGGUUACAUUCCCGUCCAAGUGGAACUCAAUCCCUUACUUUGCCUCCUCUGUCCUUUCACAGAGCAAGAGAGCUUAAAUGAAAGGGUAAUACAGCGAAAGACUGAAACAAAGAGACUUUUGUUUACACUGGCAUUUCACUUACUUGCAUGUUUUGUACCAAGGUGACCUAGCUCUCUAUGUGUCGUCAUUUUUAUGCAAUCAUAUUUGUACAGGUACAGUAAAACUAGCAGCAAGUAUCUAAGAGAAUUUAUAUUUGUGUUCAUAUUUAAGCAUGCAUAUUGUGUUAAGUGUUGCUAGUUCAGCAGACAUGAUGUGAUAUUAUGUAGGAGAUAUUAUAACAGAGAGGUAAGAAACAACAUUUUGUGCUUACUGGCUGUAUUUUGUGCUUACACAUUUUGUCUGAUCUGUUAUUGUGAUAUUACUGCUAUUAAACGUUAUAUCAAAUCAC